GUUCUACAGUGUGUGUCCUCUGUCCUCUGCAGAGACUGGACUGAGGAGGUUCGGAUCAAGAAGACAGUCGAUGCCUGGAUCAGCACGAUGACCAAAGACAUCCAGGCUGACAUCUCCUCAGACGACGCUGUGAACAAACCCUCAGCCAGCAGAGACGCCACAGUGACAUCACAGCAGAGGGCUGCUGGGAGCUCCGCCCCCGCUGGCAGGGGGAGGCCAGUGAGCGCGCUCAGAGGACCAGGAAGUAAAAGAGCGGCAGGGAGAGGAAGCCGAGGACAGACAUCUGGACACAGACCGGAGGCGGAGCCUGGCAGACGCACAGGAGGAGCGAGGGAGCAGGUGGAGGUGGACGGAGAGUCGUACCUGACGCGUCUGUACGGCAGAGCUCCGUAUGAAGGUCUGAGACGAACCCUGAAGAAGAGCCCGUACCUGCGAUUCAGCUCACCUGCCUCACCGGCCAGCAGGAAGCCCCGCCCCCGACUGGUGGAGAGUGUCAGAGGUGUGAAGGUGAAGUCCUGUAAGACUCAGACCUGUUUGGCUCCUCCCCUCAGUCUGUCACCUCAACGACCUCAGCGCCAUUACAUCAUCAGCUCCUCCCACCUGACCUCUGGUGACCCCGCUGACCUUAUCGUGACCCCUCCAGACAGUGACUUUGUUCCCAUGGCGAUCCCACUUGGUCGUCCCAGGAUGGACUCCUCGUCCAGGUGUCUCACUGAGCGUCAACAGGAAGUGACAUCACCACUCACAGCUCCUCCCAUAUCUAGUGUGGUUGCCGUGGACGACGAAGCCUCUGAGCUACAGUCACAGGAGGCGCAGCAGCUGGGUGCAGGUGAGGCUCCUCCUCCUGCUGCUGACAUCAUCGAGAGGAAGCAUGAGGAAGAGGAGGACGAAGAGAACGUCUUCCCUGGAACUGACUUCCUGUCUGUCGCUGACAUCAUCCAGCAGCAGGAGGGGGAGGAGGAAGAAGAGGAGCAGCAAGAGGGAUGUGUUGUGGGUGAGGAGGUGCUGGAGGUGGAUGGAGGUCCUUCUCCCCCUCCGGUCCUGUAUCAGGGUCCAGUCUUUCCUCCCCAGGCCCUCCCUGCCCUCCCUGCCCAGGACCAGGCCUCAAUCAUUGGCCUCAACCUGCAGAGAGACGCCCUGGAGACCCGGCUGGUGGAAUGGGUGGAGCAGCAGCUGAUGUCCAGGAUGAUCUCAGAGAUGUACCGCCCCCCUCCCUCUGACCCCGCCCAGAACGACUCCACCAACCAAUCAGAGUCCGAGGAGCGCAGCGUCACCUCAGACAUUGUGGAGGCAGCAGGCGGUGCAGGUCUGCAGCUGUUCGUAGACUCAAACGUGUCAGUUGACUCGGCUCUGAUCCGGCAGCUGGUCGAUGAGGUUCUGACCGAGCACGUUGCCCUGAUGCUGGGACACAAAGACACACAAGAGCCAGGACUGGAAGUGCCAAAACCAGGUCCAGGAGCACAUGAGGAGGAGGAACUGGUUCCACCGGUUCCUACACCAGUACCGACACCUCCACCCAGCCCAAAGCCGCCCAGCAGAGAGACUCCGCCUCUAACCACGCCCCCUCCCUCUGACCCAACGAGCCUGCUGGACCAGGAUUCUCCUCAGCCAAUCACAGCAGCAGAGGCUGUAGCCACGCCCACCCCCAGCCCAGAGCCCGCCCACUCUGCAGGAAGUCCUCCUGUUGUUCAUCAAGCCCCGCCCCCUCUCACCUGGGGAGACGCUGAGCUGCCAUUGGAUGAGGAGAGACCAGAGGAACAUAUGGAUCCAGACACACAGCCGCUGGUGAUGUCAGUAGCAGAGGAGGAGCCUCCUCUCUCCUCCCCUCUUCCUCCUCCUCCUCCCUCCAUCCCUGCAGCUCCCUCCCCGUCUCCUCCUCCUCUUCCCAGACCAGCCUCCUCCUCCUCCUCCUCCUCCUCCUCCUCCUCAGAGGACUCCAGUAGCUCCAGUAGCAGCAGCAGUGUGGUGACAGCAGGGACUGAUGCAGCACUCAAACACAUCUCAGAGGGAGAGCUGCUCAUCAGUGUCAACCAGCUGGCAGCCAUGACAGAGGAGGAGGCUGUCUGCAGUUUUUCCAGUUCCCUCCAGGAGCUGCAGGAGAUGGACUUUGACCCCCCCAGUGAAGGACAGGUCAGAGGUCACGACCUCCUGCUGACCCUGCUGACCAAGAUGGAGCAGGGAGUCACACACACACACAGGGGAGAGAGACCACAGCCAGAGAGCUGAUGUGUUAGAAGAAGGAAAAAUGUGCAGCGUGAGGAUCUGAUCCACUUUGACAAGAAACACAUUGUGAUGGACGACUGGGUCAGAACAUCUCCAAACCUGCAGCUCUUGUGGGGGGUUCCCGGUCUGCAGAGGUCAGUACCUAUCAAAAGUGGUCCAAGGAAGGAACAGAACCAGAGACAGGAUCAUGGGGGGCCAAGGCUCAUUGAUGCAGGUGGGGAGUGAAGGCUGGCCCGUGUGGUCCGAUCCAACAGACGAGCUACUGUAGCUCAGACUGCUGAAACAGUUAAUGCUGGUUCUGAUAGAAAGGGGUCAGAACACACAGUGCAGAGCAGUCUGCUGGUCCAUAUCUAUCUUAUUACUUAUUAUUUAUUAUUAACAAACAGUCCAGAUAAUGACGUUAAAUCUGAUUCUUAUUGAUUCUUUUGAUCAUUUCACUCUUGAAAAUAAUCAAUCAAACAUCAGUUAAUCAAUAACUCUGACUCUGUUACUCUGUUAAUGAAGGAUGAUGAUGAUGAUGAUGAUGAUGUUCAGCCCCUAAGUGACCUUUGACCCUGCAGGUCAGAGGUCAAGCAGCAGGUGAGUGAUCCUGCGUUAACGUAUUGAUUCUGUAUUGAUUGUGACGGAGCGGCUGCACAGCGAGAGAUGACGUCAUCGGGCUGAUGAUGAGUCAGCAGUUUGGAUCAGACUUCCUGUGAUGUCAGCACAUAUCAGAACAGAGCCCUUAAAGGGACAGUACACCACUGCUAACGGCUAACAGCUAACCACCACUACCAUCUGUCGUUUUCAUAUUUCAGCUGAAACACAAACAAUUUACUGUCAUCGUCAUGGAAACAGAGAAGGAACCUGACCUUGUGUGUGUGUGUGUGUGUGUGUGUGUUUGUGUGUGUGUGUGUGUUAUAUAUGCAGCUGAUUUGACUGACAAACAAACAAACAAACAAACAGGAAGUUCACACUAACAUUAUUUACAUAAACAUCAGACUUCAUUGUCACCAACAACUCAAGGUCCAUUUACUGGAUUUUGUCUCACAGCAGCUGUUCUGAGCUCUCAACAGAUCCGUCACCAUGACAACGGAGCAAACAUCUGCUGAUGAUGACCUUUACACACCUUAUUAUACCUUUAUACACCUAAUCAUACCUUAUUAUACUUUAUUAUACCUUAUUAGUGUGCCUGGAAAGCACACUACUAUUCUUCCCUGUGCUUAUUAUUAUUCUUCCGUACGUUUUUCGGUCGACUACUCCUCCCGCAGUUUUGGUCGCACAUACCCAAAAAGGUACCAAAACGUGCGGCUCAGUGGGGACAUUAGUGCUGUGACUUUUCUAAGCGUUUCGCCAAACAGAUUGCCGAUAAAUCGCCAAAAACCAGGCCAAAAAAUGAAUGGGUGUGUAUUGGUAGAAUGUCCGACUGCUAAAACCUGCCGUUUCAGUUAGAGUGGAGAGAGAGAGAGAAAAUUUGUCGAAAAAUAAAUUUGUAAACUGCUCUCAAGGCCACAAAUGUCACUCUACAGAAAUAAUUUAAAGAUAGAAACGUAGGCAAAUUCGUACAUUCGUUCAUUGUAUCUGAACAGGUAUGGGGUCUGGUGGACACUUUUCUAAAACUUUAACAAACAUACACUGCCUAUGACUGCACAUUAAGAAUAGUUUUCCUUCUUAAUUAUGUAUUAUUUAUUAAUAUAAAUAUUGUUAUUCAUGUUAUUGAUAGCAUUACUUAUUAUUAUUAUUGUUAUUGUUGUUAUUAUUAUUAUUAUUACUACGACAUACUUAUUAUUCCCAUCAUUGUGGUUAUUACUUAUUUAGUUACUUUAGCAAUUUUAAUUAAACCAUGAUGCUUCCUGCAUAAUCCCAGGACAAUAUUAUACCUUCAUUUAAGAAAUACCAUAUAUUAACAAUUAUUUGCAUUUACAUAAAAGCACAUAACUGUAGAAACACAAGAAAAAACUCAUCAUAUCUCAACAGUCUUCUUGUCAAUUCGGCAUCAAUAUAAUACAUAAAUACCAUCUUUUGGCCGACUUUGUCGCAUCAACUCGUUACCAGCCUCACUAUUUUCAGUGGGAGAAGACCGUGGGAAUAGAUGGAAAAAACAAGAUUUGUCAUUAAAAUACGGGGUGGUUGGUGGAUCACGCCUUUAUACACCUUAUAAUGCCUUAUUAUACCUUAUAAUACCUUUAUACAAAUUAUAAUACCUUAUUAUACCUUAAUACACCUUAUAGUACCUUAUUAUACCUUUAUACACCUUAUUAUACCUUAUUAUACCUUUAUACACCUUAUUAUACCUUUAUACACCUUAUUAUACCUUUAUACACCUUAUAAUACCUUAUUAUACCAUAUAAUACCUUAUUGUACCUUCUUUUACUUUAUAAUACCUUAUUAUACCUUAUAAUACCUUAUUUUGUGCUGCGAAUGUUUGAGCAUGUUGCAACGGCAACAAUGUGAAAAAAAUUGUGUGAAAAAAGGAAAAAAAAGAAUAAAGUAUAUAACUAAUAUAACAGCAUGAAUGUGUGCAGAUGGAGAGAGAGAGAGGAGCUCAGUGCAUCAUGGAAAGUCCCCCAGCAGUCUAGCAGCAUAACUAAGAGAUGGUUGAGGACUCACUGGUUCCAGGAGAGGAGUUGGUAGCUGGAGGCUGUGAUGAAGACUGCUGCUUUUCAUCAGAGGCUCUCACUGUACCUGUGAGGUCCUGCAGGAAUCAAUGUGUUCACACUCAGAGGAUCACGUAGGCGGCAGCGUGGGCGCCAGUGUGGGCGGCAGCGUGCUCUUUAGCCUGCAGUCUGAGAGUAUUGAUCUCAAUGUGAGCGAUUCAUCAGUUUCAGGUUGCAGAGAAAUAUUUAUUUAUAUUAACAAACAGAACAACCAAACAUUAAUGACUUAUUAUCCAUUGUUCUUCCUUUAUUAUUCAUUAUAUACAUGAGCUCUUAUGGUGGAUAUAUAUAUAUCAAAUCAAUGAUCUAUUAUCAUUAAACAGUUACUUAUUCAGCUGAACAGAUCUGUUUCCACGAGAGCAACAUAUUCAGAAGGACAGAAGAAGAGCAGGUCUGUAUGUUUGUUUUUAUUUGUCUGUAAAAAUGUUUAUUUUUACACACUGUACAUAUAUUUACACAUCAUUUGUAUUAAUAAUGUAUAACUGGUCGAGGCAGACGACCACCCACCUACAGUCGGGGUCUGUCCUAGGUUUCUGCCUUUUAACAGGCAGUUUUUCCUUGCCCUUGUCUCCAAGGUCUUGCUCAUGGUGGUACUGUUGGGUCUCUGUAAUUAAUGUUUUAAAGAGUUUGGUCUAGACCUGCUUUAUUUGAAAAGUGUCCUGAUAUAACUUCUGUUAUGAAUUGGCGCUAUACAAAUAAAAUUGAAUGGAAGGAAGUGACUUAAGUUAUCCAAUAAAUGUAGAACUAUGAUGUGUCUGGAAGCCAAUUUCUGUCAGUGAGAAAAACAAAAUGAAAAUGUAGCCUUCAUAAUAAAAAUAUCUCGUUAUGAGAUAUAGAAUCAUAA